AGUUCCUGUUGUUUUUGCUGUGUACGUGAACAAAUUAUAACUAAGAUGUCAGAAAUUGUUACUUUUGGAGCUGAGGGGAUACUGACGAAGGUGGCUUCACUUGCCCAACAAGAAUUCAAUCUUCUGCGGGGAUUCAAAGGAGAACUCACAAGUCUGCGUGAAUCAUUGUCCAAGGUUCAAGCCAUGCUACAAGAUGCCGGGAAAAAAAGGGAUCGGGCCGAGGCGGUCAAAAUGUGGGUGAAGGACCUUGAAGACAUAGCUCAUGAUGCUGAUGAUGUGUUGGAUGAAUAUGAAUAUGAAGUUCUCCGGCGUAAGGUAGAAGUGCAAGACCAGAUGAAGAAAAAGGUACUCAAUUUCUUUUCACUCCACUACAAUCCCAUUGCAUUCCGUCACAAAAUGGCACAUAAAAUCAAGAAAAUCAACUCAUCUUUAGUCAAUCUGAAGAAUGAGGCAGCUAGUAUUGAUCUAGUUGAAAGAACAUUCCAAGGUGGAAGCUCUCAUGAUGCAGGAGUUGACAGGGAAACCGUCUCCAGCUUUGCUCAAGAUGAAAAGUACGUCGUUGGAAGGGAGAAGGUUGUGUUAGAUAUAGUAACAACCUUGAUCGACUCAAGCAAUACUCCAAAGAAUUCUCUCUCGGUUAUGCCCAUUGUAGGAUUUGCUGGCUUGGGAAAAACAACUUUGGCUAAAUCUAUAUAUAAUCAUGAUGAGAUAGGCAGACAAUUCACUAUAAAAAUAUGGAUAUGCGUAUCUAUUCCUUUCGAAGUCAAGUCGAUUUUAAACAAGAUCUUGGUACAUUUUAAACCAGAAAAGGCUCAAGAGAAGGAAGCAGCACUCAAAAAUCUUCAAAAACAUCUGAAAGGAAAACGAUAUUUGCUUGUACUCGAUGAUGUUUGGAACGAAGAACCUGACAAAUGGAAUGAUUUGACGAGUUGUUUGUCAAGUGUUAAAGAUACCCAAGGAAGCAGCAUUCUUGUCACUACCCGUAGUGAGAAGGUUGCAAAAAUCGUGCAGACACUUCCUAUGUGUAAUUUGGGAAAACUAUCAGACGAUCAAUGUUGGCUCAUUUUAAAGAACAGAGCAUUUCUGGAUGACAGUGCUCCUUUGACUAAAGAUCAAGAGAGAAUUGGAAGGGACAUCGCCAGAAAGUGUGCAGGCCUACCAUUACUGGCAAAGGUUUUGGGAAAUAUGAUGCGUUUUGAAAACAUUGAUGGAUGGCGGGUUAUUCAAGAAAGUACCAUAUGGGAUUUAUCAGAUGGAGAUGAAAGAAUCAUGUCGAUUUUGAAGUUGAGUUUUGAUGAAUUAAAACCAACUUUGAAACAAUGCUUUGCAUAUUGCUCAAUGUUUGUCAAAGAUUUCAAUAUUGAAAAGGAUGACCUGGUACAACUUUGGAUGGCUCAGGGAUUGCUUCACCUUUCUUCUAGCCAAAGUAAUCUAGAGAUGGAGGAUGUAGGAAAUCAAUAUUUUAAUAUUCUAUUGGAGAAGUCCUUUUUUCAAGAUAUUUCAAUGGAUAACUAUAAUGUGAUUACCCAUUGCAAAAUGCACGAUCUUGUGCAUGAUCUUGCAGAACUUGUUUCAAAAUCAAAGAGCAAGGACUCCAAUGAUGUUCGACAUAUGGCCCAACCUUCAACCUCAGAACUACAGGGAAUUCCAAAAGGAAUUGUACUGCGCUCAAUGUUUUUCGAAGGUGAAGUUCUUGGUAACAUCUUAUCGAGAUUUAAAGGUUUGCGUGUCUUAAAAUUACAGGAGGCUGAUAUUGAUGAGUUGCCAAAUUCAAUUGGAAAGUUGAAACACUUGAGGUAUUUAGAUAUUUCAGAAACAAUGAUCAAAAGGCUCCCCCAAUCUGUUGGCAAGCUUUAUAACCUACAGACAUUAAGAAUGCGCAAUCUCGAUCUUGAAGAGUUUCCAAAGAAACUGCAAAGUUUAAUCAACUUGAGACAUAUUUAUUUUGAUAGGUAUUAUGGUAUGAGAUAUCCUGUUGGCAUGGGGCGGUUGAGUAAUCUCCGAUCAUUAUCUUAUUUUAUUGUGGGUAAGGAGAAAGGCCGUGGAAUAGAGGAGUUAGGUGGCUUAAAGCAUUUGAAAGGCAAAAUAUCUAUUUGUGAUCUGGAGCAUGUGAGAGAUAAAGAAGAAGCAAAGAAAGCAAAGUUAGCGGAGAAGACAAACAUACGCGAACUAGAGUUUGAAUGGGGGAAAUACAGGUCAAGCGCCAUAAACAACGACAGGGAUGUCCUAGAAGGCCUUAAACCGCACUCUGAAUUGAGAAUUUUGAAGAUUUGCAACUUUAGCAGUGAUCAAUUUCCAUCGUGGAUGAUGAGUGGAAAUUUGUUUUCUUCCUUGAAAAAAUUAAGUAUUGAUAAUGCAGAGAACCUAAUUGAAUGGACGGAAGCUGCAAUAUUUCCUCGCCUUGAGGAGCUGUUCCUGAGGAAUUGUAUUCAAUUGAAAAGUGCUCCUACUCAUUUUCCAUGUCUCCAAAAGUUAACAAUACAUUCCAUGGGUAGCGGCAUGCCGAUAGCUAAUAUAAGCACUCAGCUCACCACUCUUACUCAUCUCACAAUAACGACGACGAAGGAACUUGCUUCUCUGCCGGAAGGCAUGUUAAAGAACAACAAAAAUCUUUCAUAUUUGGAGAUACAGAGGUGCCCAGAUUUAACUUGUAUUGCUGCGGAUGUAUUUGGUUGUUGUGCAUCUCUCGAGUCAUUGAGUAUUUUAUGGUGUCCUAAUCUUAGGACUUUGCCUGAUGGGCUACACACUCUGCUCUCCCUUAAGAAGUUGAUUAUAAUGGAUUGUCAAAGUCUGGAGUGCAUCCCAGUUACACAGGGUGUCGCAUCUCUCUGCAAAUUUCCUAUUCUCAAGUGUCUUGAGUUAUGUAUUCUACCUGAGGGGCUAGAAUGCUACACCUCUCUUCAAAUGAUGCAAAUAUGGGGAUGCUCCAAAAUAACAUCCAUUCCAAUCACACAUGGCCUUCCAUCCCUCCGUAAAUUAGAGAUUUUCUGUUGUGAUGAAUUAUCAAGCCUACCGAGUGGGUUACAACAUUGUACCUCUCUUGAGCACCUGUCUAUCACCUAUUGCUCGAAUCUCGAAGCUAUUCCAAGUUUAGACAGCCUCACACAACUCCGUCAGUUGCAUAUCUGUAACUGUGAUGGAUUAAAAGAUGUACCCCCAAGUGCGUUUGCAGCAUCCCUCACCCGCUUAAAGGAAUUGUCAAUUGGUGGGUUUUGGAAGGAGCUCGAUUCAUUUCCUGCUUUUCAGGUUAUUCCACAACUUGAAAUAUUAAAAUUGUACGGUUGGCCGAAGCUCAAGUCUCUGCCUGAACAAGUUCAACACCUCACUUCUCUAAUUUCUUUGUCAAUACAAUCCUUCGACGGCAUGGAGGCUCUUCCAGAGUGGUUGAGAAAUCUUGCAUCUCUUGAGAACCUAAUUAUAUGGUCCUGCAAGAAUCUGAUGUAUCUACCUACACUUGAAGCUAUGAAAUGUCUCGCGAAAUUACAGUACAUAUGGAUUAAUAAUUGUCCUCUUCUGGAAAAGAGAUGCAAUAAAGACAGGGGCCCAGAAUGGCCAAAGAUUUUGCAUAUUCCAAAUGUCCGCUGGGCUAAGCCCGAACAUAACUAA